UGGCGGUGCAGUCCUCCGGGUGAGCGGCGCGAAGGGAGGAAGAGCGCGCGGCGGCCGCGGUGUCCUGGGAGGGAUGCAGCGCGCGGGCACCACGACCCGCCCGGGCAACGCGCCGGGCUUCCUGCGGGCCCUGGAGAGCCAGAGCCGGACCGGGGCGCCGCUGGCGCGCGUGCAGGAGCAGGACUUGCGGCAGUGGGGCCUGAUAGGUAUACACUUACGCUCUUAUCAGUUGGAAGGGGUGAACUGGCUAGUUCAGUGCUUCCAGUGUCAGAAUGGCUGCAUCCUGGGAGAUGAGAUGGGCCUGGGGAAGACCUGCCAGACUAUUGCUCUUUUUAUUUAUUUGAUGGGAAGAUUGAAUGAUGAAGGACCAUUUCUUAUUCUUUGUCCCUUAUCUGUUUUGAGCAACUGGAAAGAAGAGAUAGAAAGAUUUGCUCCAGGACUUUCCUGUGUGACAUAUGCAGGUGACAAAGAAGAGAGAACCCGCCUACAGCAAGACCUAAGCCAGGAGCUACGUUUUCAUGUGCUGCUAACCACCUUUGAGAUUUGCUUGAAAGACGCAUUAUUUCUAAAAUCCUUUCGUUGGAGUGUCCUUAUUGUAGAUGAAGCUCACAGGUUGAAAAACCAAAGUUCUUUGCUGCAUAAGACGCUGUCAGAGUUCUCAGUAGUCUUCAGCCUCCUGUUGACCGGAACCCCCAUCCAGAACAGCCUCCAAGAGCUCUACUCCCUCCUCAGUUUUGUGGAACCUGAUAUCUUUUCCAAGGAACAAGUGGGUGAUUUUGUUCAGCGUUACCAGGACAUUGAGAAAGAGUCCGAGUCAGGCAAAGAAUUACACAAGCUCUUGCAGCCAUUUUUGUUGAGGCGAGUGAAAGCUGAAGUGGCUUCAGAGCUUCCCAAGAAGACGGAAGUGGUAAUAUACCAUGGCAUGUCAGCAUUGCAGAAAAAAUACUACAAGGCCAUCUUAAUGAAAGACCUAGAUGCAUUUGACAAUGAGCUGGCAAAGAAAGUUAAACUUCAGAAUGUCUUAUCCCAGCUUCGAAAGUGCGUGGAUCAUCCAUAUUUGUUUGAUGGUGUAGAGCCAGAACCUUUUGAAAUUGGAGACCACCUGAUUGAAGCCAGUGGGAAACUUCACCUGCUGGACAAGCUGCUGACAUUCCUUUAUUCUAGGGGCCACCGAGUUUUACUUUUCUCCCAGAUGACACAGAUGUUGGAUCUUCUCCAAGACUACAUGGAUUAUAGAGGCUACAGUUAUGAGCGUGUGGAUGGUUCUGUGAGAGGAGAGGAGAGACACCUGGCCAUUAAGAACUUUGGACAACAGCCCAUUUUUAUUUUUCUCCUGAGUACCAGGGCAGGUGGAGUUGGCAUGAACUUGACUGCAGCAGACACUGUCAUUUUUGUUGAUAGUGAUUUCAAUCCUCAGAAUGACUUGCAAGCAGCUGCCAGAGCUCACCGGAUUGGCCAGAACAAGACUGUUAAAGUCAUCCGGCUGAUUGGCCGAGACACGGUGGAAGAGAUAGUGUACAGGAAAGCAGCCUCCAAGCUGCAGCUCACCAGUGCCAUCAUAGGAGGCGGCCAUCUUACCCUGGGAGUCCAGAAGCCUGUGGCUGAUGCUGAGCUCCAGUUGAGUGAGAUACUCAAGUUUGGUUUGGAUAAGCUGCUGUCCUCUGAGGGGAGCACCAUGGAUGAAAUCGACCUAGAAUCUAUCCUGGGAGAGACCAAAGACGGCCAGUGGAUCUCUGACACCUUGCCUGCUGCGUACGGAGAAGCUGGAGAGCAAGAGGAAGGAAAAAACCAUAUGUACUUAUUUGAAGGUAAAGAUUACUCUAAAGAACCCAGUAAAGAAGACAGAAGAUCAUUUGAGCAACUGGUAAACCUUCAGAAAACUCUUUUGGAGAAAACUAGUCAAGAGGGUCGCUUGCUUCGAAACAGAGGCAGUGUUCUCAUGCCAGGCCUUGCAGAGGGCUCUACCCGAAGGAAGCGGAUUCUGAGCCCAGAAGAACUGGAGGACAGAAGAAAGAAAAGACAAGAAGCAGCUGCCAAGAGAAAGAGGCUUCUAGAAGAGAAGAAAAGGAAAAAGGAAGAAGCUGAACAUAAGAAAAAGAUGGCCUGGUGGGAGUCCAACAGUUACCAGUCCUCCUGCUUACCUUCUGAGGAGAGUGAAGCAGAGGACUUGGAGGAUGGAGAAGAAGGGAACUCUGUUGAAUCAGACUAUGCAGACCCAGAGUGGACAUCUAUCAAGUAUGUUAGUGGUGAUGUCACCCACCCCCAGGCUGGCACAGAGGAUGCCAUCAUUGUACACUGCAUAGAUGACUCUGGUCGAUGGGGUAGGGGUGGCUUGUUCACAGCUCUGGAAACACGAUCUUCUGAGCCAAGAAAAAUGUAUGAACUGGCUGGGAAAAUGAAAGACUUGAGUUUGGGAGGUGUCCUUUUAUUUCCUAUUGAUGAUAAAGAAUCAAGAAACCAAGGCCAAGAUUUGUUGGCCUUGAUUGUGGCUCAACACCGAGAUCGCUCCAAUGUCCUAUCUGGCAUCAAGAUGGAGGCUCUAGAAGAUGGCCUAAAGAAGAUUUUUUUAGCAGCAAAGAAGAAGAAAGCAAGUGUUCAUCUUCCACGAAUUGGACAUGCUACAAAAGGUUUUAAUUGGUACGGUACUGAGCGACUUAUUCGGAAACAUUUGGCUACCAAAGGCAUCCCAACUUAUAUAUACUACUUCCCAAGGAGCCAAGCUGCUAUGCUUCACUCACAGCCAUCAUCGUCCACCUCGAGACAGCCAGUGCCUUAGCUGGCCUGUGUCAGGCCUGCCUGGCCUUCACUAGCCAGCUCAGAAGCUGUCUGCCCAGAGCUGCUGUAAUCGAGUGAUUCCUUGAGAAAGGAAUCAGAAUCUUGUGGCCCUCUGAGAUACUGUCUUCUGAAUGUGUCACUCCAGAGUUCGUACCUGUACAGGGAUAAACUGCCUGCUUGGGACUUUGCCAGGGCUCCAGCUUGCAAAGCUAUGUGCAUAAUAAUACAUUUUCUUUUUCUCGUG